AUAGAAUUACCCAAAUCGACCCAAAUCAGCCCAAAACUACCCAAAUCGUCCUAGCAUUACGUGUUCAUUUUGUGAAGCUGGGAGAAACAUCUAACAGUGUACAUUAGUGACAACUUGCUGAAUUCACACAUGAACUGGGUGGGUGGAGUCCGCCGCCGGGUUCUGUUACGAGAAGAAGAACGGCGACGCCAAGAGCAAUUUUUUGCUGCACAUGCAUCUUCUGCAAAACAUAGCAGGAUAUCCCAGGAAAGCAGUAGUGUUAAGCCAAGAUAUGUUGUAUGUUGUGAGGAGCCAUCAGAGAAACAUCAGCUGGCAGGAUCUGUACCUCAACGACCCAGGAUAGGUUCACAAAGAUGGAGAAGUGAGGGGAUGGUGUGUGAGAGGAUUAAAAAGGGUUCUGCUUCUACAGAUCACAUACCUGUAUUUCAAAAGCAAGAUAAGGUGACACUUGGACACUACUCCUCAAGUAGUGUUUGUGGAGGAAAGAAUAUUGGAUCUCAGCCUGUAAAUGAUAUGCAACAUGGGAGUAACAUUAAUAGAAAGAACUCAAGAAUUUGCCUCAUUAGACCUACAUCCAUCCAUGGACCAUUCUCAAGGUUUUUACUUAAGCUGGAAAUGGAGGGUAUUGAAAAGAAGUCACGACAUCAGCAUUUACUCAGAGGUUCAGAAGGGAGACGGUGCUCUAAUAGAGGAGAAUCGGUUAAACAUCAAGAGAGCGAGACACACAGGAUACCAGCUGGAAACCAUGAGAGUAAAAAUGAAGAAAAGAAAAAUUGGAAUAUGAACAGGAAGGUUGAUGACAAUAGAAAUUCUAGAGAUGAAAAUAUUUCACAAUGGGACAUGAAGAAAGAUAUUGUGAAAAAUAAGAGUGAGAAGAAUGAGGCAAGAGAGGAAAAUGGGAACAGUAAGAGAAAAGAGAAAGAAGCAUCUGGUACUCAAAGCAGGAGCAAGAGAAUCAAAACUAUAUUGCAGGUGAAUACAAAAUACAACUUAAUUCAAAAUGAAACUGGCAGUACAGAAACUGAAGAGAAUACCAAUGCUAUAAGGAAUGGGAAACAACAGGCUCAAAGUAUUAAUAAGAGUAGGAAGCAACAAUGCAUUUUGGAAGAAAAUGACAGUUCACAUCAUGAAAUCAAGGAUGAAAUUAGUCGAGAUGAUUUUUUGAGAAACAAAUUGCAUGAGGGAUCUUGUGCUAAGUAUAAUCCUGAUAAAAUAAACAGCUACAAAAAGAAGAAAACUAAAGUCACAUACAAAAUAAAGGAUAAUGUAAGACAAGAUUUGUCACACAUUGAAGCAAAGCAUAACAAUUAUAUAGAUGAUAUAAAGAAUAAACAAGUGCAGAACAAGAAACACACUGAGACACACAAAUGCAAUAAAAGAACUAAGGUGUUUGAGGACACUGAACAAAAUGUGACUCUGUUGACGAUUAUGGACUCGGAUUUUGAUACGCCAGAAAGAGUCGAUUCAAAGCCGAUUAAGGAACACAAGGUAGACAAAAAGGGAAGCGAGUUUUAUUCAAAAAAUAGAGCAAAGAAAAGUGAAGAAAAUAACAGGAAUAAGAAAUCUAACGUAUUCCAACAGAGUGGUAAAAAUAAGAAAAGAGCAGUAAAUAGCAUUUCAACGUCAAGUCUCAUGAUUGGUGCUCCACGUGUACGACAGAUGCUUUCAUUAAGUCCAGAACGACACAAAGGAAGAAUUUGGGCACCACUGAAAAUUCCACAAGAGUCAUUUAUAUUUCAUGAAAAUGAAGAUUAUCAUGAUUCUCAAGGAAAAUAUGAACAUCCUAAACACACACAUGCUAAAACCUGUAAUAAUACUGAAAACAAUACGAACAGUGAAUGGGAAAUUAGACGCAUAGAAAUGCUUUUGGGUUCUCAAUUUGAUAAUUCAAGUGCAACAAGCACUGUUCCAUAUGGUAUUUAUAGGAACACUGAUCAGAUUCAAAAUUAUGAUACAUGGGAGCAAUCUCAUAACAAAAGUGCCAUGCCAAUGUUAACAGAUUCUCCAAAAAAAAAUGUACAACUUACAGCAGAGGAAUUAAAUAAUUUUGAAAAUCAUGAAAAUGCAUUGUAUAAUGGUGCAAGAAGGCUUGGGGAAAGAAGGUUACAAGUUCUUUAUAAAGGUACUGAUAAAAUUCAGUUGGACAAAUCUCAUAAAGUUAAAGAAAUACCUGUUGAAAAUAAACCUAAACUUAGUACAUUUACUCGCAAAAUAGAAAAAAUUGAAAGUGGGUUAAGUUUUGCCCAUCAAAGAAAAGAUAAAACUCCAUACUUGGAUAGGAGUUUUGGUACUUCAUGGAAUUUAAGCAAUUUAAUUAGUACUCCUAACAGUAAAUCUUCAUCUAAGACUCCCACUGAUCCUACAUUUGAAAGAUCACUUGAAGAUCUUCUUGAAAGUCAAGGAGGAUCAGAGUUAUGCUGUGUGACUGCUGAUAAUUCCCUAGAACUUUUGCUAAAUUUUGAAAUUAAUAGAGAGUCAGAAAAUAAUAGCAGGAGCAUAGCUAGGGAAGUUACUUCACAUGUCUCAUCACACCAGGUGUGUACUGAGAACAUUGACUGCACAGCAUGAGGAUGGGUGAACGGAAAAUGCUAUUACAAAUUGUGUUAGUGAAAAAGAUAAUUGUUUCUUGGUAAAUUUAAAUUUAGUAUCAUGUAUAUCUGAUUGCACAUUUUUGCAUACCAGUUAUAAAAAUAAGUUGACUUCUGAUCUUUUGAGUGACAAAUUGAGAAAUUGUGCCGAGGGUAAGUUGGAUAUUUUCAAAUAAGGGUAUAAAAGUUCAGGAUAUUGAUUUUACUUGUACACACACUCCAUGAAAUUAUUUUAAAGCUGUAGUUGGCUCUAAAGAUCAUAUUAUGGGUAAUAAUGGCUAUUUCCCACAGAAGGUAACCUGCAAAGGUCUUGUUUUCAUUAUUUACAGUCAUGUAAAUAAUCGUACACCCAUUGGUGAGAAUUCUUUUUUUACUCGUUUUCCACAAGUUAAAAAAAAUACACUAAUCACAGUGAAUAUCAUGGCCUUAGAAUAUCUGAACAUAAUAUUGAAAAAUACAAGAAUGACAGUAUAAAUGGUAGCUGUAGUGAAAAUACAAAACAUGCUUUAAAUGCAACAUUUUAAUGUAAAUGUGUUCUGCAUAUUUCUUUGAAAAUACUGUAGCAAACAAAUUAAUUUCUGGAAUGGAAGUUGUGCAUUUAAAAAAAAAAAUAAAGUUGAGAGAGUGAGAUCACGAGUAGAACUCCUGAUACAUAUGGAGGGGAAAAAAUUACCAAUAGCAACAAAAGUUGUGGGAGAAAAUGUCAGAAUAAGAAGAUAGUCAAUAAAAUCUCAGAACACACUUAGAAGAACACAGAGUAGGUCGAGGACUUAACUGUAAAUAUGACAUUAUUAGGAAACAGUCAAAAUGUUAACAAAGAAAACAUUAGGCAUUUAUCAUCGUCUAGAGGUCAGUUUUUGUAACUUAUUGUUUGUUAGGGCACUGCAUUAUUAUUAUUAUACAUGUUUUUCUUUUGCUUAGGAAUGUAAUAUUUGUUGGAAUAUAUAUUAUUACUACUAACAAAGAGAACAUCAUAUUCUUAGUUAUUAUUACCAGGUUUUUGGUAAUGCAUUCCAAAUUUGUUUGUUUUCAUUGUAUGUUUCAUCAUUACCCUAUUAAUGCUGGUUUAGUUGUAAAAUAAACAAGGCCGAUUACUGUACCUUGCAGUAUAAACAAAUACAUAUUUAUCAGUUUA